UGGAGAAGAAAGACACACAAUAGAAUUGAAAUCUUAUAAUGGUAUGCAAACCAAUAUCCAGAAGACUACAAUUGAAUCCACAACGAAAACUUCUGUUGCCAUUGUUCCACCCAACACAUUGAAUAUUAAUGUUAAACCACAAUCCGUUUUAAAAGGCUGUGAUGUUCGUGUAAAUGAAAAUCCCAUCAAAAGACCAGCACAAAAUGUUUUUAAACAAAACGAUGAACCGACAACAUCAAAACGUCCAAAAGUUGAUGCAUUUACAGGUCAGCAGGAGGUAAAUGGCGAAAAUAGAAAUGCACACAUUAGCAAAGGUGGCAAAGAAAGCUGUGGGAAAAUUCUCUUUGAAAAUUUAUACAACAAAAAGGUCAAGCUAUGUCCCGUAACAAUAUCGGAAUUUCGAAAAUACACCAAUGUUGAUGCUGUAGCAAAUGUGUUGCACAGUGUUAUUGGAUUUUAAACCGGCUACUUACCCCCCAUGAGCGUUCAAAUUGAGUAAUCAAAACAAACAUGAAUAGGAGACGAGGUAAAAGACGAUGAUGAUGGCGGCGAUAAGAGACAAUCUAUAAAAAAUUAUAAUAAUAUACACCAAGAAAAAAGAAGAAAAAAAAAAUCAGACGAUCUCAAACAAUUGUGGAGAAACGCACGGUACGCGAUAAGAUGAAUUUUGCUGGCAAAGUAGUUCUUAUUACCGGCGCAUCAUCGGGUAUUGGUGCUGCCACCGCUGUGAAAUUUGCCCAACUUGGUGCCACAUUGGCUUUGAACGGAAGAAAUGUUGAGAAUUUGGAAAAGGUAGCCAAAUUGUGUGCCAACGAAGGAAAGAAACAAACACCCCAGCUGGUGGUGGGCGAUAUUUCCAAGGAAACUGACACUGAACGAAUUUGGCAAGAAACUUUGAAGAAACAUCAACGUCUGGAUGUGUUGGUCAACAAUGCCGGCAUCAUUGAAACGGGAACAAUUGAAAACACCAGUUUGGAACAGUUUGAUCGUGUCAUGAAUACAAAUCUCAGAUCUAUAUAUCAUUUGAGCAUGUUGGCUGUACCGGAAUUAGUUAAGACCAAGGGAAACAUUGUCAAUGUUUCCAGUGUGAAUGGUAUUCGUUCAUUCCCCGGUGUCUUGGCAUAUAAUAUUUCCAAAAUGGGUGUUGAUCAAUUUACUCGUUGCGCUGCCUUGGAAUUGGCUGCCAAGGGGGUGCGCGUCAACUGUGUAAAUCCUGGUGUGACUGUUACCAAUCUUCACCAACGUGGUGGCAUGGAUGCGGAAACAUAUGCCAAAUUUUUGGAACAUUCGAAGACAACACAUGCUUUGGGCCGCCCCGGUACGGCUGAUGAGGUAGCCAAUGCUAUUUGUUUCUUGGCCAGUGAUUUGGCUUCGUUUAGUACCGGAGUUAGUUUGGCUGUUGAUGGUGGUCGUCAUGCCAUGUGUCCCAGAUAAAUUCGGCGGCUUUCGUUGCGUUUUUAUAUUGUUUUUGUUAUUUAAAGUGCCAACACGUUUUGAUUAUUGGAGGACAGUCUCGUUAAUAAAUUUGUGUAUAUAAGAACAGUCUUAUGCUGAUGUCUGAAUUUUGCAUUUAAUAUAUUGUAUUUUUGAUACAUUGCGAUUUUAUUAAGCAAUUUAAAUAAACUACCUAUAAAUAUAUUGUUUUCUUCGAUCA